AUGUCACAUUCAUCUUCGCAUCUUGAUCAAUUGAUGCAAAAAAGUAGAACUUCGGAAAGUAAAUACGCCACACGUUUACUUUCCACGACACCUCCUAAACAACGUAGUGAGCACCGUAGCCAAGAAAAUCUUUAUUCAAACACGACUGAAGAAGAAAGCGACAUUGAUAUUGACGAGGUCGAAACUUUUGUUGUGGGUGAGUAUAACUUUUCAGUUUGUCCUAUAUGCCUGGAGCACUUUACCAUGCACAAUCCAGCCAUUAUUGUGCAUUGCGAGCAUGGCUUUCACCUUCAGUGCCUGGAGUCCUGGCGUCAGCGGUCGGCGGCCUGCCCAGUCUGUCAGCGGCCGCUCGACGGUGACGAGGGCCGGUUGAUGGAGGCUCGCGAUACGAGACGGCGUAGGCGCUUUCGGGGAGUCUUCCCAUCUAAUGGAUUAGAAAUAUUGGGGUUGAACAAAAAGCUCUAUGAGAGCGCAGAUAUGGGUGAUAGCGUUGAAAAUAGUGCCACAUGCAAAGAGGCUGAUGUUUACUCCACUUUCCUUCCUUGCACAAGGACUACCGAAGAAGGGGGACAUCUGAGACAGGAAGUGAGUGGAAUUAGACUCUGGCGAUGGCUUUCCAAUUGGUGUUCACGGAUUUAA